AUGGAUUUCUACACUGCGCUCACCUUGGUUCGCAAACAGGUGUCGUUCAGGUUAGUCAAGUGGUUCUGCCCCUCGUUGGGAGUGCUUAAACUAAAUGCUGAUGGUUGCUCAAGGGGCAAUCCAGGGAGGGCAGGGGGUGGUGGAGUCCUACGGGAUGAUGGCGGAAAUUUCCUGUUGGCAUUCUCCUCAUUCUUUGGGAGUAGAACCAGUAUGCAAGCGAAAGUCCGUGCCCUUGUUUUGGGGAAGUUCUGCAGCUCCGUAGGCUCUCGUCAACUUUUGUUGAAAUCUCUCAUUGCUAUCGAGAAGGUAACCAAGUUGCGGAUUGUUCAUCGAAUGUUGGAUGCGACGAAGGUAGUGACAGAACCUAUUUUCAGCUCUCGGAACUUCCUCUACAUGUCCGAGGGGCCUUUAGAUUGGAUAAGAUAG